UAGCAAGUCACAAGGGUUUUAAUUUUAAUGAGAAAAUUUUAUAAAUUUCUUUAAAAAAUAUUAAGCUUUUGGUAUCACAAAUGCAAAAUUCAUAUAAUAAAUUACCAAAAUAAAUUAAAAGAUUGCAAUGAAGAAGUAUAAUUUUUUUGCCAACCGUAGUUAAGAUCAGAAGAAUCAGAACAAUUAAAUGACCAUUACAACAAAAAAAAAAAAACUAAAUGUUAAAUUAAAUUGAAUGAUUUAAUAAGACUUAGGAAAAAAAUAUAGAUAUAAAUAUGUCUUGGAUGAGAAAUUACAAAUACCGGUGGUAUGAAACAUUGGCAAUGAAUAUACUAAAAAUGGGACCUUUACCAAAACAUAUAGCAUUUAUAAUGGACGGAAAUAGAAGAUUUGCAAAACAUUCCCAAAUACAAAAAAUCGAUGGUCAUUCAAAAGGUUUCGAUAAAUUAACUGAAUGCUUACAAUGGUGCUUAAGUAUGGAAAUUAAAGAAGUUACUGUAUUUGCGUUUAGUAUCGAAAAUUUUAAACGUACUCAAGAUGAAGUUGAUGAUCUUUUACGAUUAGCUAAAGAGAAAUUUGAUAAACUAUUAGAAGAAGAAAAGGUUUUAUGUGAAAAUGGAGUAAGAAUAAGAAUUUUUGGCGAUUUAUUGUUACUACCAAAAGAUUUACAAAAUGUUAUAGCUAAAGCAAUGUUAAUUACAGAACAAAAUGAUAAGUUAUUUUUAAAUAUUGCCUUUGCGUAUACUUCGCACAAUGAGAUUACAACAUCUAUACAAGAAGUUAUUGAAGAUCAUGGAGAUUUGAAAAAAGAAGAUAUAAAUGAAUAUUUAAUAUCAAAGUGCUUAUAUAUGAAUUCAUCACCAGAUCCUGAUUUAUUAAUAAGAACAUCUGGUGAAUCUAGAAUAAGUGAUUUUCUUAUGUGGCAGUUAUCAUCCACCGUUCUAUAUUUUACACGAGCUUUAUGGCCACAAUUAACUCUUAUGGAUUUCUUAUUUGGUAUAUUCUCUUAUCAAUUGAAGAAAAUUCAACUUACAUCACUAAAAACAGCAAUCAAAACAAAUAGCCAAAAUCAAAAUGAAAUAUGUGAAGAUAAAUCGUCUUUAAAUCAAUCUAAUCAAUAUUUAUCCGAUCGAGUAUAUAAUUUUCUAAGGCAUGUUGAUAUACGCAGAAGACAUUUGUUAUUAGAUUUAACUAGCUCAAAAAAAGACGAUAUUUAAUAUAUAUAUUUGUUUAUAAUAGAAAAUAAAGUUAUAAUUUAUGA